UGAGAAUCAGACAAUCGACUCCAACUUAUUUGGAAAUGAGGCACAUAAAUAGUUAUUGUACAUUUUCUUCACCACGGUGUACUGUACUUAACAUGUCAGCUACUCCCUCUGUUCCAAAAAGAUCGUUUUCCUUUUCUUUUUAGUCUGUCCCAAAAAAAUUGUCACCUUUCUAUAUUUAGAAACAAUUUAACUUUAUGAGAUGAUUUGCUGCCACACAAAUAUCUAACGCUUAUUUUGGACCACACAUUUCAAAAUUCUUCCUUUAUUUUUUAAACUUUAUGCCAAAUCAAAAGAGGACAAUCUUUUUAGGACGGAAAGAAUACUAUUUUUAGUAGGUUUCAAAUUAACACUUGUCGAAUCAAGAAAUUAAAUAACUCAACGUCACUACGUUCGAACCAAGAAAUGAAAAAACAAAGUCGUAUGAAUUAAGUUUACUUGUAAUGACUUUAUUUAUGCUUCAUGAAACGUUUUCAAUCAUUUUGAAGUGUAUUUUCAGUAUAAAUUAACAUCAGUCAAAAAAUGACAAAGAUUAGAGAAAUGAUUAAUUAAUGACAGGUGGAAAUGCAUGUUGCAUGGAGGCAAGAAAAGAUGUUAGAGUUUUGCAGGGAAAAGGAAAUACUUGUAAGUGCAUGGUCUCCACUUGGAGCUAAUGGGAUACCUGUCCGGGGCAAUCAUGCUGUAAUGCAAAGCCCUGUUCUAAAAGACAUUGCUAUUCAUAAACAAAAGAGCAUUGCACAGGUUGCAUUGAGGUGGGUAUAUGAGCAAGGAGUUAGUGUAUUAGUGAAGAGUUUUAACAAGGAUAGGAUGAAAGAGAACCUUCAAAUUUUGGAUUGGGAACUAAGCAAUGAAGAAAUCGCGCGGAUACAAGAAAUUCCUCAAUGCAGGGGAUUCAAAGCUGAGGUUUUUGUUCAUCCAGACGGACCAUACAAAUCAAUAGAGGAAUUCUGGGAUGGCGAACUAUAAAUGUUACUGCUACUCAUUCCGUUUUGCAAUUUUUUUCAUUGUUUAUGUAGGUGUUCAAGAAAAAUCAACUCAUGAUUUUUCAACUUAAUAAGUCGACAUGAUUUCUCA